CAUCGGAAAGGCAUGUGGCUAUAAACUUGAAGUUGCUAGGACCAUAAACAUGCGUUUGCCUCAAGACAGUUCAGAUUUCAGCUGUCAAUCAUCCUAUCUGUCAAAGGUCUAGGUAGUUGCAACGAUGGCGGCUAAGCACACAUACAGCAACCCAAUUGCGCCUGGGUUCGCACCAGAUCCCUCGGUCGUUUUCGUUGAUGGUGUCUUCUUUCUGGUCACUUCGUCUUUCCAUGUCUUUCCUGGGCUACCCAUUUACGCCUCAACAGACCUUCAAAACUGGAGGCAUAUUGGCAAUGCCAUCAAUCGCAAGGGGCAGAUCUCCCUCAAUCAUGCGAGCACAGCAGUGAUGAGUCUCGAUACGGGGAACAUCAUGGUCGCUAGCGCCGGUCUCUUUGCGCCAACCAUUCGCUACCACCAAGGCACUUUCUACAUUAUUUGCACAAAUGCUACGCACGAUCAAGACACCUUCGCCCUGGACAACUUCUACAUCGCCACUACCGAUAUAUGGUCAGGCAAUUGGUCCGAUCCUGUUCAUUUUUCUUUCAAUGGUAUCGACCCCAGUCUGUACUUCGACGACGAUGGCCGUGCCUAUGUCCAGGGAUGCUGGAUGAUAGAUCGCCUUAAACAGCCCAGCUGUACGAUCAAACAAUUCGAGAUCGACAUUGUAUCAGGCAAGGCUCUGACCGAAACCCGAGAGAUCUGGGGCGGCUUCGCGCGCUAUGAUACCGAAGGCCCUCAUAUCUACAAGCGAGGAGGCUACUAUUACCUUCUCGUCGCCGAGGGUGGCACUUUUGAGCAUCAUCUGUUGAGUAUUGGGCGCUCAAAGGAUAUUUGGGGCCCCUACGAGUCCUGCGAUGCAAACCCUAUCAUGACCGCCGAUGGUAAACCAGACGAGUACAUUCAGAAUACCGGCCAUGGCGAACUCUUCCAGGACCGGAGUGGCGCUUGGUGGGCUGCGGUUCUUGGUGUGCGCAACGAGCAUGGUCGUCCGCCGCUCGGCCGGGAAACAUUCUUGACCGCGGUUGACUGGCCGGAAGACGGAUGGCCGACGAUCCAGCAACCCGCGCUACAGUUUGGGCGUAUUCUUUCUGGCCCUGUUGGUGGCAAUGAAUCGUUGAUCCAUGAGGCUCCGGCGAAUGUUGAUCUCGUAUACAUCCGCGACCCCGACUUCGCGAUGUAUCACAUCAGCGGCGAGACGGACUUGGUACUGCAGUGCAGUGUUAGCAAGCUAUCGACGCCUACGGGUACUAGCACGUUUGUUGGCAAGCGACAAAGAUCUAUCGAUGCAUCUGCUUCAGUGACUCUCAACAUUCCCAAAGCCUCCAGGGGAGAGUCUGUGAGGGCUGGGCUAGCCAUCUAUAAGGAUGCACCGCGCCACGUUUCUCUUUCGUUUGACUUUCAGUCGUCGGAAGUGGUGUUCAACGUGACGACAACAUCAGAAGACAAGACUCAGUUGGUUACUUUCCCAGUCAACACAUCCGCAACAGCACUUGGAAUGCGUCUGGAAGCAAGUGCUCAGGAGUACACAUUUUUGUAUCGCGAGAACGACUCGGGAGAUUGGUAUGAAGCGGGGAGAGCGCGAGUUGCCGACUUGGUUGAGAGAGAGAUGACAGGGCCGAUCUUUGGUGUCUUUGCGCACUCUAUGGAGGAGGAAGCUGUCGGUUCUAAGGUUCACUUCAGCAGAUUCACGGUAGGUAGCAAUACAAUUGUGGUUCACUGA